AUCAAACGGCAAACCGGUACGAUGUUGAAGUUCCUUGUGAUUUGCGUGCUGGCCGCGUGUUGCCACGCCCAAAACUCUGGUGAAUCAUUGCUCUUACGGAUUGAAGAGCAUCAAAACAAAUUGCGUAAUUGGCAAGAAGAUAACUUGCGAUUGUUAACAACUCUAGCAGAAAAACGCAAAAUAUACGAUAAUGUUAAACAUAAUGAAGCGAAACUCUUAGAAGUUGUCGAUUACUUGGUCAAAAUGAAUAUGGAGGUCUUACAAAACGUUGUUAGUGAAAUGAAUAAGAUAAAGAUUAAUAUGGACAAAGAUGUAGACGAAGGAGAAACUUUGCGUGAUAAAGAAAUAAAUACGUUAGAAGCUAGUUCUUUAGCUGAGGACGAAGAAACUGUGACGCAUAAAGACGAAAAUCAGGAAGGACAUGAAGAUGGAACGGAAACUUUGAGUGAUUUAGAAAGAGAACUAGCAGAGGAAGAUGGAAUUGGCGAACUAGAAGAAGAAAAUGUGGAUAGGGAUGAUCCGAAUGUAGACCAUACUGACAACGAUGAGAGUCGCAAAAAUGACGAGGACACAUAUGACGAAGGGUAUAAUGAUAAUGAAUGGUAUCGCCCGUCUCCACAAGAUAGAAAAUGAUUCUAAAUAACUUGCGUAUGUAGUGUGUAAUCAGUGUUACUUAUAAUAUCAUAAAUAAAAUGGCCGAUUGUUUUAUUAAUAA